GUGAAUUACUAGCCUGUCAGAUAGAAAGAUGAUUUCCUGCUUAAAUGCCUAGCGAUAAAUUCAAAUAAGAAUACGAAGAAUAGAAAAAGCCUUAGAGGAGCUUUACAAGAGGUUACAAGAUGGAAAAUCAACAGAAUAGAAGAGCCAUCCAAGUGAUAACAAGCCAGGAUGAGUCGGUCUCAGGAGAAGUCAAGAGAGUGAUAAAGACAGUUGAACGAAAGGGAAGAGGCCCUACACUAGCAGAUUUACUCUGUAGCAAUAGCUUUAAAGAUCUACAAAUCCUUGUCUUCUCUAUUGUUGGCAAAACAAGAGGUGGAAAGUCGUUGCUGCUCAAUCUCUGCAUAAAAUACUUGGAAUCACAGCCCGGAACACCGGACUGGUUGACGGGGACAGUCCCCCCUCGUACUGGAUUCACUUGGAAGGGAGGUGUCGGAAGUGUUACCAAAGGUAUCUGGAUAUGGCCCAAGAUAUACAAGAGGAAGGCAGCUAAUGGAACUGAGGUGGGGAUACUCUUGGUGGAUAAUGAAGGUAUGUUCGACGGGGAAGCAACUGACGGUGAGAUAAUUGCAUUAUGUGGCAUAUCCACCGCAAUGAGCUAUAUACAAAUGUUCAAUGUCAGCAAUAAGAUUACAACUGAUUAUCUGGAAACUAUUGUGCGCAACUUGGUGGAGGGUAUUGAAGAUAUGGAGAAUGCGCAGAGUGAGUGUGUUAGGAGGGACUACAAGCUGAUGUUUGUAGUUAGAGACUGGAUUUACGAGGACUAUCAUGCUUUUGGACUAAAUGAAGGCAAGAAUUACAUUGAAGCAGAAAGUCAAAGAGGAUCAACGGAACAUAAAGCUUUGUGGCAGGAAAUCCAUCGUAGAUUUAAUGAUGUCCAGUGUGUGUUAUUGCCUUAUCCUGGGCCUGCAGUUAGCAGCACACAGUUCACAAACAAUGGGCAGUUGAGUGAUCUUGAUGAACGAUUUCUGCAGGAGAUGAAAUGUUUCAUAAGAAAUCUAUUUGAUUCUGAAAAUCUACACCCUCCUGAAACCAAACUGACAGGUCAAGGACUUUACGAUUUGCUGAUGGGUGUUAAUGGAAAAGUAGCAGAUGACAGUCUGUCUUUCUUAAAUUUGUUCACGAAACAUGCUAAUUUUGACAAAAUGGAAAAGCUUUUAGCAGAAUUUAAAAGCAGGUUACAAACGAAACCAGAUCUUCCAGAAGUAAAGUCCAUUAUGAAAGAAAUUGAGAGAAAGGGUGAACAAGAAUUCAAGGGUGACUCGAUACCAGAAUUCAUAGAGCGACUCAAAAAGGAUUUAGAACAAUUGAUGAACUCGGCAGUCAUCGAGAAGAUAUGUAACAGUUAUAAGGAAGAAUUUUUAACUCCAAAUUCAACCAGACGAUAUCAUGAUCAUAUUUGGCCAAGUAUUGUCAACCUUUUGAAUCAGUAUAUUUGUGGAGAUGGCAGCACUCGAAUCAAAGCUAAGGAAAAUGCUGUUCAGAAAGUAGCAGACAUAUACUAUAAAAAAUUGGCUGCCGAAAUAAAUGAUACAUUCAAAAGAAAAAUUUUGGAUUUAAAGGAACUGGAAGAUUUGGCUGGUUUGGAUUACAAAUUCGUAAAAAAUUUUCAGCAAUGUGAGGAUUUUAGUGAUAUAGUAGAUGAAAGAAGUGGAAUUUAUCCAAUAUGGCUGAGGUAUCAGCACAAUUUGAAGUGCACAGUGGCAAAAGCCUUUUUAGAGAGAAUUGAAACAUUGACUGGUGCGAAGAAUUUGAAAAAUGCUAAGAGAAAACAAUAUGAGCACUAUGAAGCAUUUACUUUGCUGAAAAAGAAUGGUGACACUUGGGAUAGUGUAGCCAAAAGUAACCCAACAUUGUUAUGUAAAAAAAUUGGAUUUGCCUUAUUUGGUCUUCCCCCACCUCAGCUUGCUGACAGUAAUGAGAACAAUAUGAGUCUUGUAUCAACUUCUGGCAGUUAUGAAUUGAAAAUUGUUUCCUUACAGAACCUAAAAAAUCAAAAAGAUAGGAAUCACCUAUGUAAAGUUCAAUCAGGAUAUUCUAAUGAUCAAGAUAAACAAAUUGCAUCAAUUGGUAAUGUCAUUAUUUCUCGUAGCACAGGUUAUGAAAUAAAAUUUUCCUGUGUAUUUGUGACAUUUCAAGAAGACUCUACUAUAAUAGAAGGCAUUCCAAAAGUGACGAGUGUUCCUCUGUUUAGAAUUCAGAGUGGUGGAUCCAAUAUUGUGUACAUAGAUACAAAUUGUCGUGUAUAUGAAAGCUGGGCUGACUUCUUAACGACAAAUACCCUACCUGAUAUUGUCAUUUGUUAUCCUUUACAUGGAAGUUAUGACAUAAAAACCGGUUUCAGUGUUGGUUUUUCCAAGACACCUGCUUCUAGUGCUAAAUCCAAAGCACUAAAAGCCGCAGAUAAAGUAGAGAAGGUAAUUUCUGUUGGUGCUGGAGUUGCUGGGGUUGCCGCUUUGGUAGUUUCUGCUCCCGUACUCGCUCCCUGUGCAGUCGUAGGCGGUGCAGCUGCAGGCAUCUAUGGCUUUGGCCGUUGUGUUGUCAAAAUACUAGACAAGAAGAAGCAUAAUGAGCCUUAUGCUAAAGAGGUAGUGAAAGGUGCAUUUAAUGUUAUUGCUGUAGCUGCAGCCGGAGCUUUGAGAGUUGCAGAAGGGGCUGUUGUGGUGAGCACUAAAAUUGCACAGGGAAUAUGUGGUCUUAAUGGCUUUGUAGGUUUGCUUUAUUCGGGUAAUACGACUAAAUUAAUUGAAUUAUUGAAUGAACUUUGUGAUCAAUCUUCAAUGAUAUCUUUCUACUUUAAUGUUGCAUCAUCCUCAGAAGCUAUUGAUCUAAUUAAGAAAACUCUAGAAAUUAAUGAGAGAGCUGAUGAUGUUGAAGUUUUGGAGACUCUUGUGAAAAUCAAAAGCAUUGAAUACAGUGACGAUAAAGAAGAUGUCACAAAAUUAGAAAAAUAUGUUUCUGAAAAUAUAACAGACCUAGUAAUCAGCUUGCUGAAAACUAUAAAUCCAAUUGUUAAAGAUGUGGCUAUUCUCCUUACAGGAAUAAACAAAGACUUUCAGUCCUUGAAAGACAAGAGGCCUACAGAUGUAUUCGAUCAAAUCGAUAGUAAAAUGUCCAAGCUCCUGGCAAAUUUACUAAUCGAAAAUAAAGAUAUAGGAAGGAUAUUUCUUGACUUAGCAUGCAGAAGCAGGAGUAAUAAGUCACUGAACUCCAGAGUGAGUGAACAGUUUUUAUCAGAAAUAACCAAUGCAAGAAAUGAACAUCUGUUAUUAAGAUUGAGGGAUUUGAUUUGGUCUGUGUUGAGCAAAGUAAGAGAGGUGAACCAGUACUGUAACAACAUUGUGCACCAGCCGAACAGUCUGAUCAGUUUCGAUGUCAAGUUUCAUCCUGUGGAAGAGGUUAACAGAAAGAUCAGAGAUAUAGUAGAACAAAAUCAGUCGACCAACGAACUUCAUUCUAAAAUCGUCUUGAGAUUUGAUGACUUUUUACAGCAGAUACUUGAGUUUCUUCUGAAACAUGCUCAACCCUGCUGGACUCUGACCCAGUUUACAGAGUGUCUGUCAUUGAUUACUCAUGACAUCAAACAAAUGUUUGACGAAGAAAUAAAACAACUUAAAACUAUUGUACAAAAUAAAAAAAAAACCCACCUGUAAUGACUUGAAUAAAAUUUUUGAAGAGAGUGGUAUAAAACGAAACUACGGGAGGGAAUUGUUACAAAAAGUGCUGGAUUGCUAUGAAGUCGAUCAGUGGAAUAUCGCAGUAAUGUCACAAUCGUUGACACGUGUGCCUGCAUGGACCGGUAUGACUGACAACCUCUACUGUUACUGCAGCAACGGACGAAUUCAACCUGAAGAUAUUUUACAGGUAUACAGAACUAACAUACAUCUUUACAAUAAGGAGGAAUCGUCCAGUGGGAAUUUGGUUUGUUUGAGACCACUUGAUGAUGAUCUCCCCUUACCGACGUAUUUCAUAUAUUCAGCAUCAAAUCAUGAAGACAUGAAACAUGGUUUAGUGUGGGUCAGCCCGAAUACAAGCAAUUAACAUUUGUUAAUCUACUAUCUACUCACUAAAGGUCCUCCACACACCCACUUUAUGGCAGGUGGAGAAGAAGUAGAGUGCAUUCACCGCAGUCACCUUUUUCACCGCAGUUCACCUUCUUUAGUUCAAGUGGUGUUUAUUUUAGUGCUUAAACAAUGUUAAUUUUAAAGCAGUUAUACUAAAUUAUCAGUGAUGAAUUUUACUAUAUUUACUGAGUGAAGUGUACUUUACCUGGAGCACAGUUAAAUAUAACUUAUUUUACUGCAGACUACAUAAUAUUUUGAUUAUUUAAACACUCAUUAUUUUCUCUACUAUAGCACAUGUUUUUCAACCACUCAUAAAUAGCCUUUAUUAAGUGUAAAUAGCACAUAACAAAUCACUUUCAUGAUAUAACAGUUAUUUUAUAUAUGUGGGAUUUAAGACUUUGACAGUUUGGAAUUUAUAGAACAAAAGAAAAAUUAAUUAAAAUUGUAAAUAACUGGUGCAUUUGUCUGACUGGAGCAGUUAUUUCCUGUUCAGUACUGCCAACCCCCCACCAUUUACCUGCACUACUCAGCUGUACUCUGCCAGCUGCUUGUCCACUUAUCAGUUGCCUAAUUGAUAGCAGCAGUUUGUUUGCAUUAUCAGCUGUCAAGUCCAUCUGCUGUACAACUUGUCUGCUUACAGUGUAAACAGUUGAUGGUUAAACUCCCACAACUGACAUAAUAUCUUUUUGCAUGAAUUAAUAAUUUGUGAACAAUUAUACAAUGACUUAUUAAUUGAAUUUUAUAUUUUUUGACAAUCCAAUAUAAAUUCUAAUUUUACACAUACACAAAGUAUUUAUCUCUCAUUUAUUCUAGUGUAAUCUUAAUGUGAUUUAUCUUAAGAAUGAUUUCUCUUGAAAUGGCACUGGCUUCUGAGGAAGUUGAACACUUAGCAAUUGAGCUUUAUGGAGAAUUUAACAAGAUUACAGAGGAAUGCGAUCCACUCAUGUUCAACAAUGUAUUUAAAUUAUUGACAAAUAUGCUUCAAAGCUUUGACAAAAGCGUUAUUGAAAAUAAAUCACUUCAAGAAACACUGUCAUUAUUGGAUUUAGAAAAGGAAGACAUUCUUUCAAGUUUAAAUGAAACCAAGAAAAAUUGCAGCAAAAAAAGAUGAAAAAAUUUGGAAAUUACAGGAAGAAGUUGACAUAUUAAGGCUGGACUCUAAAGAGAAAAUUUGGAAGAACGAAAUAGAACGGAUAUCUAAACAAAGAGCAAAUGCAGAAGAACAACUUAUACAAGAAAAGAAGAAACUUGAAAAUAUAUUAGAAGAAAAUAAAUUAAAAGAAAUGAAAUGCCAAAAUCUUGAACACCUUUAUUCAGAAUUAAUGCUAGAUCAUAGGAACCUAAUUGAAGUAACCAAACUACUUGAAGAGGACUUAAAAUCCCUCUCUAAUACCCAUAAAGAAAAUCAUCUGGACGAAUCAGGGAAAACAUUCUGUGAAGUAAUCAGAAAAGGUAAACAUAUUAAUACAAAGUCUUUGAAUGAGUGGCCAACCCUCCCAAAUACUUCUAUCACACUUUCAAACAAAUAUGACAUUUUAUCAGGGCUGAUAACAGAUGAACCUUUGCAAAACCAGACUGAAAUCAACAUACUAAACAGUGACUACAAGAAUGAAAGUAAAUUAAAGCAGAAAAGGCCUAUUAUUAAAUCUAAAACAUACACAAAACAAGAAACAAUUAAAAACAGUUUUAUACCCAAAAAAAUCCAAAUUUUUGCUGACAGUCAUGGUAAAAAUCUGUAUGACGCAGUGCAACCACUAGUACCAGAUUUUGAGGUUUUUGUCAAUGCCUGUCCUGGAGCCCCAAUAACCCACAUACUGCAGAACACUAACGCAAUGUGUACAGACCUCACAGACCAGGACGUGGUUGUAAUAAUCGGAGGGGCUAAUGAUAUGAGCCGUGUUACCUACAGAAACCGUCGAGCUGCACAAGUAAUUCCAGGUCAAAUACAUCGGUUUUGUCAGCAAAAUAACCAUACCAACUUUAUUUUUGUACCAUUGUUUCAAAGACACGACCUGGAGAAAAAACAUUUCAUUAACAAAGAAAUUGCAAUUUUAAACGGUAAACUGGAGGAAAUGGAGAGCUUCAAUGUUAUUGAUGGGACUGAACUGAGAGGACAGCAUUUUACUCGCCAUGGAAUGCAUCUGAACAAGAUGGGAAAAAAAUUGCUUGGCAAGAAGAUAGUUCAGGCUAUUGGUAGAACUUCAGCGCCAUCAAAGUCUGAUCCUGACCUCUGCGGAGAAAUACCUACUCAAGAGCAAACCACCAGCCCAUCUGUGAUAGAGGUCAGCCCAAGGAUAAGCUUGGAGUCAACUCUGGAGGAGCAGUCCAUCUCAGCAGUAUUUCAACAGACAUCACCAGUGAAGCUGACUACUGACCCUACCGUGACUGAGUCCCUACAGACACCACCACCUGGACACUCCACCAGCCCUCACCUGUCGGGAGACAAUGGGACUUGUCUACAGUCUCCAACUCUAGUGAAGCAUAGCUCUUUUUCUAUUUCUUCACCUUUUCAGGGUUUUGAAACGCCCAAAACAGACAAAAGAGUGGUGUCUCAACAAUUAGUGGAUGAAUGUAAAAGAAAUAUUACAGUAGAACCCCAAGGUAGAAACAGUUAUUUUUUAAGAAAAAAAGUACAAAAUGUAAAAAAACCUUAGUUGAAAAUAAUGAAAAAACCCCUUGUCUGUUUCAAAAUUUAACAACCUUUAACAAUGAAUCUAGUUCACUCAUUGAAUCAAACUUGCACAUCGGUCUUAACAUUUUACAAAUUAAUAUCCAAUGUCUCCGUAAUAAAUUAUUAGAAUUAGAACACUUGUCUAAACUUAAGCAUAUAGAUAUUAUAAGCAUUUGUGAGCACUGGUUACUAGAAGAGCAGAUAUCUUUAUUUACACCUCAGGGCUACAAAGCUGCAAGUAUGGUGUGUCGCAAAGCCUCAAAAAAUGGGGGUGCUGGUAUUUUUAUAAGAGAUUCGCUUGAGUAUAGUGAACUAGACCUAAGCAAAUUUAAUCUAGAGCAAAAUUUAGAAAUUUCAGGAAUAAAAUUGGCCAAUUUAGAAGUAGCAAUAGUUUCUCUGUAUAGAUCACCUUGUGGUAAUAUGGACUUAUUUUUUGAUAACUUUGAACAAGCUAUUAAAAAGGUUUUGCAACAUACCUCUAAGUUAGUCAUUGGAGGUGACUUCAAUAUACCAUUCCAUAAAACCACUGACACAGUGACAACCACCUUUGUAAACAUCUUACACUCUCUUAACUUGGUAGCUAUAAAUAAGGCUCCUACAAGAAAUGAUUCGUGUCUCGAUAACAUCCUCGUAAAUUUUUCAAGGGAUUGUUAUGAAUUAAAAGUUUUGAAUGACUGCAUUUCCGAUCAUAAUCCUCUUCUAUUAAAUCUAAAACUUGAUAGAUCAUGUAGACCAAAUGAGACAGUCACAUCCUCAAAAAAAUGUAUGCGUAAGCAAAAUGAGACACAAAUUAAAUUGUUUGCAGAAAGUUUUGAGAGUGAAAGGUGGGAAAUAAUUGAUACCUAUAAAAGAAAAGAGAUUGACAUUGAAACUUUAUUUAACAGUUUUCUAAAAACAUAUAACAAUAUUUGGUAUUUAUCAUCUCCAUUAGUUAAAAUUAGUGUUAAAAGCAAGCAGACAAAGAAACUUUUGUGGUACAAUGAAGAUUUAAAAAGAGGUAGAGAAAUAAUGCUAGGUUAUUUUGAUGUGUUUAAGAAUCUUAGAAAAACUGGGUCUCAGCAUAUGGAAGCCGCAUAUAACCUUUAUAAAUUCUUCAAAAAAGAGUAUAGAAAAAAGCUCAACCUAGCAAAAAGGGCUUGUUUUGAAAAUCAUAUAGAGGGAGCUAGUAAUAAAUGUAAGGCUGCCUGGGAGGUAAUUUCCUCAGAAACACAAAACAACACAGGUGUGACACCAACAACACUUGAUCCACACCUAACUAACCAGUAUUUCAUACAGUCGGUGGCAGACAUUCAAACUAACAUUGAUAACACUGACAUAUUGGCAACCAACCUACUGGCUAACACUUUAACUAACUGUGUACCUCAAUUUACUUGGUCAUUAAUCACCCCAACUGAUGUAACUAAGGUAGCUGCUAAAUUGUCAAACUCUAAAACUUCCGACUUUUAUGGUAUAUCUAAUUAUACUGUCAAGAACACAAUAAAACACAUCAGUUCACCAUUAGCUUUCAUCUUCAAUCAAUGCUUAUUACAUGGAUAUUUUCCUGAUCUUCUAAAAAUUUCCAAGGUAUUGCCAGUCUACAAAAAAGGGGACAGAUCUCUGCCCCAAAGCUAUCGCCCAAUUUCUAUAGUCCCCAUCUUAUCAAAAGUUUUUGAAUCUAUAAUGUAUCAUCAACUUAAUCAACAUUUUGAGUCCAAUAAUAUAAUCAGUAAUAACCAACAUGGCUUUCGUACCAAUAAAUCUACAACUUCUGCCGUUACAGAAAUAGUCGUUAAAGCACUUCAUGCUUUUGAACAAAAGGAGUCAGUUGCUUUAACACUCAUUGAUUUAAGUAAGGCGUUCGAUUGCGUGAAUCAUGGCAUCCUCCUCGACAAACUUAAGAUCUAUGGUAUAUAAGAAAAUUCCAUUAAUAUAUUGCAGUCAUAUCUAUCGAAUAGAGUACAAUAUGUUUCUGUUCAAGCUCAGCAGUCUACCACUCUUUCUGUGGCCACAGGUGUACCACAGGGUUCAGUUUUAGGACCAUUCUUAUUCAUCAUUUUUAUAAAUGAUCUGCCCUCUAAUGUGUUGUCUAACAUUGUUAUUUAUGCUGAUGACACCACUCUUUUUUCAUCUAAUAAGCAGUUGAAUACUCUGAAAGAAAACAUGGAUGCAUCUCACAGCUUGGCUUUAAAUUGGUUCACUUCUAAUAGACUGAUAUGUAAUCAGGAGAAAACGCAAAAUCUACUUCUCAGCUUAUCUGAAAAUUAUGAAGAUCAAUCUGUAAAAUUGUUGGGUUUUCAUCUUGACAGCAAGCUUAAUUGGAAAUCACACAUUGACCAUGUAUGUAGAAAAAUAUCUAGAGUCUUGUAUCUAAUGUGGAAACUGAGGGAUUUUGUUAGCUGUGAAUAUUUGAGAGUGGCAUAUUUUGCCUUUUUUUCAAUCACACAUUUCCUAUGGCAUUGUUUUGUGGGGUCACUCCAAUGCUGUGAAUGAUAUUCUUCUCAUUCAAAAAAAAGUAGUUAGAACCAUCAGUGGAAGCAGCUCUCUAGAACAUUGCAAACCACUUUUUAUCAAUCUCAAAUUCAUGACAGUUAUUAACCUUUACAUUUUUCAUAUACUAGUCUAUACAAAAUUACAUAUUACAGAUUUCAAUACCAGACAAGAUUUUCAUCAACACAAUACCAGGGGUAAAAACAAAUUAGAUCUCCCUCAGCACAGGCUAGUCAAAACCGGCAACUAUUUUAAAUUCAAUUGCAUAACUUUUUAUAAUAAGCUGCCUGCAUCUGCUACAAUGACUCCUUUCAAUAUUUUUAAACUAAAGAUAAGUAACUGGCUCAUAUGCAAUCCAUUCUACUCUUUAAAAGAAUUUUUAGAUUCUGACAUAAAUAUCAUUUUUUGAUUAGUUUGAUUUGUGGAUUUCUGAUUUUUCUAUACUGUAUUAGCUAUAACGUAAUUAACAAACCAUGUGCACACUCUUCAUAGAUUAUAUUAAACCUGUUACUUGGUCAUAAAAUUAGUAUAAUUAUAGUACAAUAUUGUAAUAACUAAUUUUGUUGUUGUAAAUAUCAGUGCUGUAUAUUUUGACGAUGCCUAUUUCAUAUUGUUGUGACCAAUGGCUAAUAAACUUCUUGAUUCUCUUGAUUCUUGAUUCUUGGUCACUGUGUUAAUCUACUAUCUACUCACUAGUGUUUACUUUUAACUCAAAAUAGAACAUCAUAAAAUUGUGGUUUUAUUUUAGCUUUUCGAAUAUAAUGUAAAGGCAACACACACAAAAUUUAUUUUUUGGAGGUUAUACUUCACAAUUUAUUUUGUAAUAACAUUAAUAGAGAUCUUCUUCAUUCUAUAAAUGUUGCAAAUAGAAUAUAGCUUUUUUUAAUAUGUCAAAAGGACUGACAGACACUACCCUGGCACUCUCAACAUGCACUUGUACUACUAUUACUGGUGAUUGUCAAAAGGACUGACAGACACUACCCUGGCACUCUCAACAUGCACUUGUACUACUAUUACUGGUGAUUGUCAAAAGGACUGACAGACACUACCCUGGCACUCUCAACAUGCACUUGUACUACUAUUACUGGUGAUUGUCAAAAGGACUGAUAGACACUACCCUGGCACUCUCAACAUGCACUUGUACUACUAUUACUGGUGAUUGUCAAAAGGACUGACAGACACUACCCUGGCACUCUCAACAUGCACUUGUACUACUAUUACUGGUGAUUGUCAAAAGGACUGACAGACACUACCCUGGCACUCUCAACAUGCACUUGUACUACUAUUACUUGCGAGUGUCAAAAGGACUGACAGACACCACCCUGGCACUCUCAACAUGCACUUGUACUACUAUUACUGGUGAUUGUCAAAAGGACUGACAGACACUACCCUGGCACUCUCAACAUGCACUUGUACUACUAUUACUGGUGAUUGUCAAAAGGACUGACAGACACUACCCUGGCACUCUCAACAUGCACUUGUACUACUAUUACUGGUGAUUUUCAAAAGGACUGACAGACACUACCCUGGCACUCUCAACAUGCACUUGUACUACUAUUACUGGUGAUUGUCAAAAGGACUGACAGACACUACCCUGGCACUCUCAACAUGCACUUGUACUACUAUUACUUGUGAUUGUCAAAAGGACUGACAGACACUACCCUGGCACUCUCAACAUGCACUUGUACUACUAUUACUGGUGAUUGUCAAAAGGACUGACAGACACUACCCUGGCACUCUCAACAUGCACUUGUACUACUAUUACUGGUGAUUGUCAAAAGGACUGACAGACACACCCUGGCACUCUCAACAUGCACUUGUACUACUAUUACUGGUGAUUGUCAAAAGGACUGACAGACACACCCUGGCACUCUCAACACUCUCAUGUACUACUAUUACUGGUGAUUGUCAAAUGACUGACAGACACUACCCUGGCACUCUCAACAAGCACUUGUACUACUAUUACUGGUGAUUGUCAAAUGACUGACAGACACUACCCUGGCACUCUCAACAUGCACUUGUACUACUAUUACUGGUGAUUGUCAAAAGGACUGACAGACACUACCCUGGCACUCUCAACAUGCACUUGUACUACUAUUACUGGUGAUUGUCAAAUGACUGACAGACACUACCCUGGCACUCUCAACAAGCACUUGUACUACUAUUACUGGUGAUUGUCAAAUGACUGACAGACACUACCCUGGCACUCUCAACAUGCACUUGUACUACUAUUACUGGUGAUUGUCAAAAGGACUGACAGACACUACCCUGGCACUCUCAACAUGCACUUGUACUACUAUUACUGGUGAUUGUCAAAAGGACUGACAGACACUACCCUGGCACUCUCAACAUGCACUUGUACUACUAUUACUGGUGAUUGUCAAAUGACUGACAGACACUACCCUGGCACUCUCAACAUGCACUUGUACUACUAUUACUGGUGAUUGUCAAAAGGACUGACAGACACUACCCUGGCACUCUCAACACUCUCAUGUACUACUAUUACUGGUGAUUGUCAAAGGACAGUCAGGAACCACCUUUGUGUUUCUUUUUGUUGUCCUACCCAUUCCUUUACCCUAAAAAAAAACUAGACAUUCUUUACUGUAGUUUUCGAUUAUUCGAAAAAUCAAUUAUCCGAAAACCCUCUUACAACAAUUGUUUUGGAUAAUCGACGCUCUACUGCACUAACUAACAAUACAGUCAGGUUAUAAUGCAAAUUAAAAUUAUCAGGUUACUUUUUAACUAUGCAGAUAAUGUAAGUCCUGACUCACAAUAUUUUAAAGAGCCUGAGAGUCUUUAAAAACGUGUUCUUAAUAUAUUAAAUGUGUUACUCAUAAUUCUACUUUGCAAUUUGUUCAUAGAGAAACUGAAAGAGCUUUGGACUGAAUAUAUUUUAUUCUACAAACAAAUUCUUUACCUAUGGAUAAAAUAAUUUUACUUUUAUGGCCUUUAAAUCAUAGUUUAGAUUGAUUUUAUACAUACAUAUUAUUUUUAUAAAUAAUAAGUCAAAUUAAUAUUGUUAAUAAUAUAGUGUACUUUUUUUAAUCCAUGUAUAUGAUUGAUGGUGUUAACUACACAUUAUAGUGUAUCUAAAGACAAAUAAAGAUAUUCAAUCUAUAA